UAAAAUUUAAUUAAUAUAAUUAUUAUUAUGAGUUAAGAGUAAUGGUUAGUCUUACGAUUAGAUUUAUUGCCUAGCAUAGCUUAGGAAGUAGAAUAGAUUUGUACCCACUAUAUUCGUAUAAUUAAAAUUUAAAUAAAAACUAGAUUUGUGUGACGAAGUUAGAAAAGGCAAUAAAUAAGCAUAUCAAGACCUUAUAUUGUUAUAGGCUAGAGUUAAUAAUUAAAUAAUUAUUAUAGAUAAGAGGGAGAAUGGAUGAUUUUGAUAAAUUUUAUGAUAGAAACUAUGCAGACUAUCGUAUUGGUUAUUUUGAGAAAAUGAAAUUGAGAUUAAGAAAAUUAAUAAGUCCACAUAUUGAUGUUAAUAGAUUAAUCUAUGAAGAGACUUAAAAUUUCAAUUAAUAGUACACAAAUAUAUACAAUAUAUAAGAUCUUCUCCUAUAAAGAAUACCACUCCCCCACCUGUUAAGGAUAAUUAAUAAAAUGUUCAAAAAGUAACAGAAUUUGUUUAAGCAUAACCAAAAAGACCUUAAUCACCACCAAAUAAAUUGAUAGCUUCAAGCAAUUAUAAUAGCACAAAUAAAUAGAAAUAAGCUACUCCGAUUGCAUAAAACAAUAAAAAAGGAAAUAAAUAACCAUAAUAGGUGAAGAGUUCUUAAUAAAAGGCUAAGACUUAAUAGGAUGAAUUAGUAUUUACAAUAAAAAUGAGUAAAGAGGUAAAAUUGAAUGAUUAAUAAAAAUUAGGAAUAUUUGUAAUAUAUACAAGCUAAAUAAAAAUAGAGAUGAC